AGUACUCAAAGAUGUCAUCAAAAGAACUCGAAUCUGAUAUUUCAAUUGCUAAUCCUGACGUCGUGGCCAAGUAUAAGGUUGGAGGAAAUAUCUCCAAUCAUGCCAUCGAGACAGUCAGAGCAGCUGUCAAAGAGGGAGCUAAGGUGUUUGACUUAUGUGAACUAGGUGAUAAAACCAUGACUGAUGCACUCCGCUCUUCCGUUGGCAAGAAGAUCUCGAAAGGCAUUGCGUUCCCUACCUGCGUCAAUCCAAAUAAUAUCCCUGCCCAUUGCUCCCCUGAAAAUUCCCAAGAUGAGACAAAUUUUACUCUCAAAAAUGGUGAUGUUGUCAACAUCAUGCUUGGCGUCCAAAUAGAAGGAUACCCUGCAAUUAUUGCAGAAACAUUAGUUGUCGGUGAAUCGGCGGACUCGCCGGUCACGGGACAAAAGGCAGACUUGCUUCACUCUGCUUGGAAUGCCAGUGAGGCAGCGAUUAGACUCUUGAAACCUGGAAAUAAAAAUUGGGAAAUUACGAACACCGUUGACAAGAUUGCCAAGAGUUUUGGCACUUCUGCUGUACAAUCGAUGUUGUCUCACAACAUGGAGAAGGAUGUUUUGUACGGUUCAAAGGAAAUUAUCUUGAACCCUUCAAAAGAACACAAGAAUCAAGUGGAAACAUACGUCUUCAAAGAAUCUGAGGUUUAUGGAUUGGACAUUUUGAUCUCCACGUCUGGUGAAGGAAAGGUCAAGAAGUCUAAGUACAGAACCACUCUUCACAAAUUAACUGGUAACAAUUAUUCCUUGAGAUUGAAGACAUCUCAAGACGCGUUAAAACAAUUUAGGGAAAAAGUUACGGGCCCAUUUCCCGCAAAUGUAAAGAUUUUUGAUGAACCAAGAAAGGUGCGUGUUGGUUUGAUUGAGUGCAGCAACCACGAAGUUGUUUUGCCAUAUGACAUAAUGGAAGACAAGUCCUCUGAAUUUAUUGCUCAAUACUUCACAACGGUUGCCAUAACCCCUGAAGGGCUUGUGAAAUUAACUUCUCCAGGUUUCAAUGACACAUUUUACCGCACCGAGAAAAAAUUAGAAGACGAAGAGAUUCUCAGUCUCAUUGCCACCCCGUUGCCACCCCAGGGUAAAAACAAGAAAAAGAAGAAGAAGCAGAACGUUGCCUCUCAACCAGAAUAAGUAGUUAGAUGUAGUGUUGAAUAGACCAAUCUAUUUCUGUAUUCAAACUAUAA